AUGUCUUUUUCAUGGCUGACUUGUUCACUUCUUCUGGGAACUUUAUGCGCAGGGUACAGUCUGGGUGAAGCGGAGACCCGGGAGUGUGUGUACUACAAUGAUAACUGGCGUACGGAGAGGACCAACCAGAGCGGCUUUGAGCGCUGCGAGGGGGAGAAGGACAAGCGGCUGCACUGUUACGCCUCCUGGCUCAACUCCUCAGGGACCAUCAAGCUGGUGAAGAAAGGCUGCUGGCUGGACGACUUCAACUGCUAUGACAGGCAAGAGUGUGUUUCUAUGGAGGAGAACCCUCAGGUCUUCUUCUGCUGCUGCGAGGGCAACUACUGCAAUGAGAGAUUCACCCACCUUCCUGACAUGAUUGGCAGUGGCAACCGAGUGAAAAUCCGGCCUCCGCCCAGAGUGCCGUCCCUGCUCAACGUGCUUGUGUACUCCCUGCUGCCUCUGUGUGUGCUGUCCCUGGCCUUGGUGCUGGCCUUGUGGAUGUACCGCCAUCGCAAACCCCCCUACGGCCAUGUGGACCUGAGUGAGGAUCCAGGCCCAGCUCCUCCCUCCCCAUUGGUGGGUCUUAAACCCCUGCAGCUGCUAGAGAUCAAAGCUAGGGGGCGCUUCGGUUGUGUUUGGAAGGCCCAGUUGAUGAGCGAAUACGUUGCUGUAAAGAUCUUUCCCGUUCAGGACAAGCAGUCGUGGCAAAAUGAGCGGGAUAUAUUCAUGACUCCUGGGAUGCGACAUGAAAACAUCCUGCGUUACAUCGCUGCAGAGAAACAUGGAACGAACCUGGAGACGGAGCUGUGGCUCAUCAUGGAGUUUCAUGAGAGGGGCUCACUGACAGACCACCUGAAGGGUAACACUGUGACCUGGAGUGAGCUGUGUCACAUAGCAGAGACCAUGUCCCGUGGCUUGGCCUACCUCCAUGAGGAUAUCCCCAGCUACAAGGGAGAGGGGCCCAAACCCACCAUUGCACACAGGGACUUCAAGAGUAAGAAUGUGAUGCUACGAGAGGAUCUGACUGCAGUCAUUGGAGACUUUGGGCUGGCUGUGCGGUUCGAGCCAGGAAAGCCUCCAGGAGAUACUCACGGCCAGGUGGGUACGAGGCGUUACAUGGCUCCAGAGGUGCUUGAGGGAGCCAUCAACUUCCAGCGGGACUCCUUCCUGAGGAUAGACAUGUAUUCCAUGGGGUUGGUGCUGUGGGAGCUGGUGUCACGCUGCUCAGAGUCUGACGGCACAGCAAGCGAGUACAUGCUGCCGUUUGAGGAUGAAAUAGGCCAGCAUCCCUCCCUGGAGGAUCUGCAGGAUGUGGUCGUGCACAAGAAGAUGCGUCCAGUCAUCAAGGACUGCUGGCUCAAACAUCCUGGUCUGAGCCAGAUGUGCGAGACCAUUGAGGAAUGCUGGGACCACGACGCGGAGGCCCGACUGUCGGCCGGCUGCGUGGAGGAGCGCAUUGGCCAGAUCGCCAGGACGACCAACAGCACUACCUCAGACAGCCCCGUCUCCAUAGUGACGUCGCUCACCAACGAGGACCUACCUCCCAAAGAGUCCAGUACCUGAAUGGGUGCCACCAUCCAUCACCCAAGCUCCUGACUUUCGUUUUUCAAAUCCAAACUCAGCGGAUCUCCGUGAAUAUUUAAAAACAAACAAACAAAAAAAAAAAAAAACUAGCAACUUGAAUGCAGCUGCUAUUUUAUCCCAAUAUUGGUAUUAUUUUUUCUGUUUUUAAUGUUUUUGGUGUUUUAAGCCGGAUCUUACUAACACAUCCAUCUGCUGUAGUUCAAGGAGAAGUAGUAAUAAGCUAUAUGAUGGGCACAUCUGAUAACACCCACGUGUCAAAUCUUAAAUUCUGUCAUUACCUCAUGUAUUUCCUUUGCAUUAGUCUAUAUUUUAUUACCUCAUAUGUUACCUUUUGUUGUUUUCCCACUUGGUCAUGAUCGUCUGCAGCCAAACGAAAUGAACCAUGCUCCAGACCUCGAACGACACACGCUGCACACCUUGGAGGAACCGUUUUCAGACUGUUAGACAAGAUAUAUUCAUCUUCCUCAGGGGUCGAAGCUUCUCGUUUUAAACUCAAGCGUGUGCUCCCUUAUUUUAAUUUGUCAAAACGAUACAAAAGAUGGCAAUGAAAAUGGGAGCACAGCUUUGUUUUCUUGUUUUUUUUGCUUUUGUUUUUUGUUUUAAGGGAGAGAGCUAAAUGGGAGCUGAGCAGUUGUAUUGGACGUUUGGACUAUUGAAGAUUCGGGACAAACCUCUUUGUCCCCGGGGAACUACCUCUCAGGUAUCCAGUAGGCCUACUUUGGAACAUUUUCUAUAAGUUGAGAGCCAAGCUAUCCAGCUAGCUAUCACGGACAAUAUUCCUGGAUUUAAUUUUUUUUUUUUUUUUUUAAAUUGUAGAAAUGCAGAGUUACUCCUUUGCCAGUGCCAGGGGCAUUGAUGGAUGCUGUCUGGAGUUGCAAUGUUACACAUUCUUGAUUUUAACCGUAUGUCUGUGUGCGUGUGUAUGUGUGCGUAAGAAUUGAGGACUUAAUGAUGUGAGACAGAAAAAGAGUGUGUUCAAAGUAAGAACCAUGGGCAAGGUAGUUGGUUUUAUUCUCACGAGGGCCAUACUUGAGUAAGCAACAUGUCUGUUUUUUUCUUCUUUUUUUUUUUUUUUUUUUUUAUUUCAUUGGUGUUUGUUCAGUAGACUCAGUUGGACACCAGUCCCAGAUACCUCAGUCACUGUACGUCAUGCAAGGAGAGCUCAAAUGGUUGCCUUUGUCUCAAAUGCAAUGCCAUAGUUGUACCAUAACAUGAAUACCAUAACAUUGAAUGUCCGUUAUGCUGCUGUGACUAUUCCAGGAUACUCAAGGAUUUGUAGAUGUACGUGUUCUUUGUUAAUAUAACGCUAACGUGAUAACUCUCCAUGAUAUUAUGUGAGGCUAAUAUUCUUUUCUUUUUUCUUUUUUUUUUCUUUUUUUUUUUUGUGACUAGGUAAGCCCUCAGCUGCUUACUCCUCCAGACUGACCUCAGAUAUUCUGACAAGUACCUCAGGCUUUUUCUACAUGUAUAUCUCAAGUUGUGUUUAUGUAUUUUAUUGUGUAUUAGUAGUUGAGAUAUUUUAUUGCCGGUUGGGCCUCUGUCUGUGGAGAUUUUUUUUAAACAGAGCCUGACCAACUGUCAAGGUGUUAAUGCUGUACAAAACCUAAAAGAACAGAGGCAGAUUCUUGUAAAUAGACCUGUACACACAGUUGCCGAACACUGUUUUGUUUUUUUUUUUUCUUUUUCUUUCUUUCUUUUUUUUUUUUUUUUAAAUAUAGUAUCGGGGCAUUAUUGUUUCCAUUUCAUAUGAACCAGAAAAAGGACUUCUCACUUUCACCCCUACAUAUUUAAGAGUCAUUUUGAAAUUUAGCCCUGUGAUUAUAUAUAUAUAUUUUUUUCUGAGUUUUCAAGAACGGUGGUUGUGUUACUGACCUCUAUGAUAAUAAUGGUAUCAGUUGCUCUGGGUCAGAAGCUGUGUAGGUAGCACUUGCAUUAGGAAGCUUAGUGUGUAGUCGGAUUGUCUCUAUCAGCAAAAAAAAAAAAAAAAAAAAAAAAAAAAACAGAAAAGGAAAAGGAAAAAAAAAAUCCUAAUGGUUGAGUGUGGGUGGCUACUGCGAUGGCCACUCCCUUAAAACGCCAGUUUGAACAGUAUUACCUCAAUAUUAACCCGCUGAUGUGAUGUUCAAACCUGUUUGUGAUAGUUUAGCCAAGUUGGACAACACACAGGCCCAUCUGUUGUGCUUUGAUCAGUUCUGUGGCAAACCAGUGGUUUCAACAGUGGUCUGUAGCGCUUGCUCCUGUGCAGUCUUGGUAAAGGACAAAAAGAAAACCACACAACAAUACAACAAGUACAGUAUCUUUAAAUGUAUGGAAGUCAUAGAUGUGUUUAUAACCACAUGAUUGAUAAUGCAGCCCCAUUAUGAAUUAUGUAUCAGUGGCAUGUGAGUGGUCUAUGAGUCCAGCAAUAUUUAUUAUACAGCAAUAGUCAUUUGAAUAUCAAUUCCAGUCAUUGAAUUCAGCUGUGACUUAGCAAUUUUCUUCUGUGGAUUAAUAAAGUACAUCUCAUCACACCUGGAUCAUAUGUUCAGAUGAGAAAAACUCUUAAGACCUUGAGACAGGAACGUGCUGUGGAGUACAUUUUUAUCUGAGCUGAUCGUGACCCAGGGUGCUUUCACGUGUUGUGCCAGAAAACAGCGGUAAUGUAGGAAAUCCACCGUGAUGGGUUGUUUCCUCCAAAUGCUGUCUUACACCCAGCUCUUCUGAACAGAAAAACCAGUUACCUCAUGCAGUACCUCGUUAGUAACACUCACUAACAUGGAGAGAGUCUCAUCUUCAAAAAAAAAAAAAAAAAAAGUACCAAUUAUCAUGUAUAUAUUUA